AUGCCCAUCCCAAUCACCGUAGCCUACUCUGUCGAAGCCGGCGUCAUCCACAGAGACUUCUCCUUUGACUAUGACGCCCUCAGUGCUCCUCUGUGUAUGUUCAACCCGUUGAAGUUGCCUGUUUUUGCAGCCAAGGAGGAAUCCGAAAUCGCCACCGAAACACGCCAAAGACGGCUGACCUUCCUCCAGAAUAUCUUUUCCAAAAUGACAGAAAAGUUCCCUUUGCCCCUCUUGAAGCAUUUCUUGGUCACCGCCUCGUUGUCGCCUCGAAAAUGGCCUGAAGUCGGUUUCUCCAAGGGCGACAAGGAAUACCGUUUCUGUGGCUUUCUGCCCAACGGCAAGCCCGUCAUCUACGACUACAGCGGGGUCAACGCCAUCAUGAAAACAAAGUCGUGGAUCGAACACGUGCCGUUUUCGAAUGCCAUCAACAUCUUGGAGUCGUUGAGGCCCAGAAGUCGUCUUGAGGAAGAUCAGUCUGAACCAUCAAGCACCAGCCUUCCCACUCCGGACUCAAACGAAAAGGAGGAGGGUUCUCCUGACGGCGCCUUCCCCUCUGUGAUCAUCGAUUCCCCAAAACAGGACUUUGGUGAGCUUGAUCCUUGUAGCAGUCCAGUCAAGUUGGUUUCUGAAGGGGAAGAAACCAACUGUGCCUCGGAAGAUGCUGUCGAAGCGAUAUAUGACGACAACCGCCGUUUCCUCAACUUCUUGUAUCCCGACCACACCAAGGCGCUGUUGAGUUUCGAUCUAGGCUUGCCUUCUCAGGCUCUGGCCACUUCUCCAGAACUGUGUCCCGACUCUCACAUCAACAGCUGGUUGUCCAGUGCAAGCGCAGAAACCGCCUACUUUUCCUUCAACAACCUGUCGGCCACUUCCGCUGAGGAGGAGUUGGUCAGUGUGGCUAAACCCAACGACAAGGAUCUCUACGACUUCAUUGGGGAGCACGGGUGCAGCUUAUCGGUGCAUCUUGGUCGUGGCACGGAGAAGCUUGUGUUUUCUUCCCUAGAGAAGGUGUUGGGAGAUGGCACCAAUAAGGAUGCUCCUUUGGAAAUCAUCACCUUGAGAAGAAGCAACCACAGAGAAAGCUUCUCGCUGAGAGAGAACCACAGAAGAAGGCGGAGGGAUAAUACCAGACGCAGACGGGAAAGAGUCAAGCAGAUUUCCCGGGAGCUUCAGGAAGCGUUGAUGGAGGAUUCGGAAUCUGUUCCUUCGCCAGAGGUUGAGAAAUCAGGCGAGAAGUCUUCGCUGUCGGAGGAGACGGAAAAGAAGGAGAAGUCUGAGGAGACAAGCUCCGAGGAUGCCUAG